GGAUGUGCUUCUCUAGAGCGCGGAUGAAAUUGUUGGACAAGUGACACGUGCGGAGGCGGAGGGACACUGAAAAAGACAGAAAUAUAAAGCAGGCUGUUCCACCAAGGGUGUUAAAGACAUUUUAGUAUUUUUGUACUGUAAAUAUUUUUAAGGUGCAUUUUUGUUCUCCGAAUUUUACUUGAACUCGACGUUUUCGUCAACAUGGGGAGAGGAGAAGGACGUGAGCAGUAUGAGCUGGCUGCAACCUCUGAGCAGGGGGGUAAAAAGAAAGGGAAGGGGAAAAAGAAGGAGAAGGACAUGGAUGAGCUGAAAAAGGAAGUGGAUAUGGAUGAUCACAAGCUGACUCUGGAUGAGCUCAAUCGCAAGUAUGGAACAGAUCUCACCAAUGGUUUGACAAGCGCCAAAGCUGCAGAGAUCUUGGCCCGUGAUGGACCCAACGCCCUCACCCCUCCUCCCACCACUCCAGAGUGGGUCAAGUUUUGUAAACAGAUGUUUGGAGGCUUCUCCAUGUUGCUGUGGACUGGAGCCAUCCUUUGCUUCCUGGCUUAUGGUAUUCAGGCUGCAAUGGAGGAUGAGCCAGCAAAUGAUAAUUUGUACCUUGGUGUUGUACUUUCGGCUGUCGUCAUCAUCACUGGUUGCUUCUCGUACUACCAAGAAGCCAAAAGCUCCAAGAUUAUGGAUUCCUUCAAGAACCUGGUGCCACAGCAAGCCCUGGUGGUUCGUGACGGUGAAAAAAAGAGCUUAAAUGCUGAGGAGGUGGUGGUGGGAGAUCUGGUGGAAGUGAAGGGAGGAGACAGAAUCCCUGCUGAUCUGAGAAUAAUCUCUGCUCAUGGAUGCAAGGUGGACAACUCAUCUCUGACUGGUGAAUCUGAGCCUCAAACUCGUACUCCAGACUUCUCCAACGAGAACCCACUAGAGACCAGAAAUAUCGCUUUCUUCUCCACAAACUGUGUUGAAGGAACUGCUCGUGGUAUCGUUAUCAGCACUGGUGACCGAACAGUCAUGGGUCGUAUUGCCACUCUUGCCUCCGGACUGGAAGUCGGACGCACACCCAUUUCUAUUGAGAUUGAGCACUUCAUCCACAUCAUCACCGGUGUGGCUGUCUUCCUGGGCGUGUCCUUCUUCAUUCUCUCCCUCAUCCUUGGCUAUUCCUGGCUUGAAGCUGUCAUCUUCCUUAUCGGUAUCAUUGUGGCUAACGUGCCUGAGGGUCUCCUGGCUACUGUCACUGUGUGUCUGACACUGACUGCCAAGCGUAUGGCCAAGAAGAACUGCCUGGUGAAAAACCUGGAAGCUGUGGAAACUUUGGGCUCCACCUCUACCAUCUGCUCGGACAAGACUGGCACUUUGACCCAGAACAGAAUGACCGUGGCCCACAUGUGGUUUGACAAUCAGAUCCAUGAGGCAGACACCACUGAGAACCAAAGCGGAACCUCCUUUGACAGGAGCUCUGCCACCUGGGCUUCCUUGGCCAGAAUUGCUGGACUCUGCAAUCGAGCAGUCUUCCUUGCUGAGCAGAACAACGUUCCUAUCCUCAAGAGAGAUGUGGCUGGCGACGCCUCCGAGUCCGCUCUUCUGAAGUGCAUUGAGCUUUGCUGCGGUUCAGUCCAGGAAAUGAGAGAGAAAACACCCAAAAUUGCAGAGAUUCCGUUUAACUCCACCAACAAGUAUCAGCUUUCCAUUCAUAAAAACCCUGCUCAAGGAGAGACCAAACACCUGCUGGUCAUGAAAGGAGCCCCUGAAAGGAUUUUGGACAGAUGCUCUUCUAUAAUGAUGCAGGGUAAAGAGCAACCCCUGGAUGAUGAGAUGAAGGAUUCUUUCCAAAAUGCUUACCUGGAACUGGGCGGACUUGGGGAGAGAGUGCUUGGUUUCUGCCACUACAACUUGCCUGAUGACCAAUUCCCAGAUGGCUUCGCUUUUGACACAGACGAGGUUAACUUCCCGACGGAGAACCUUUGCUUCAUUGGCCUCAUGUCCAUGAUCGAUCCUCCUCGUGCUGCUGUGCCAGAUGCCGUUGGAAAAUGCCGGAGCGCCGGAAUCAAGGUCAUCAUGGUGACUGGCGAUCACCCCAUCACUGCCAAGGCCAUUGCCAAAGGUGUUGGCAUAAUCUCCGAAGGCAAUGAGACUGUUGAGGACAUUGCAGCCCGUCUAAACAUUCCGGUCAAUGAAGUCAACCCAAGAGAUGCUAAGGCCUGUGUGGUUCAUGGCGGCGAUCUGAAGGAUCUAACCUCGGAACAGCUGGACGAUAUCCUGAAGCACCACACAGAGAUUGUGUUCGCCCGCACAUCGCCGCAGCAGAAGCUUAUUAUUGUGGAGGGCUGCCAGCGACAGGGUGCGAUCGUAGCUGUGACAGGUGAUGGCGUAAAUGACUCGCCGGCUCUGAAGAAGGCCGACAUUGGCGUCGCCAUGGGGAUUGCUGGCUCUGACGUAUCCAAACAGGCCGCUGACAUGAUUCUGCUGGAUGACAACUUCGCCUCCAUCGUCACCGGAGUGGAAGAGGGGCGUCUGAUCUUUGACAACUUGAAAAAAUCAAUUGCCUACACUCUAACCAGCAACAUUCCAGAGAUCACCCCCUUCCUGCUCUUCAUCAUCGCCAACAUCCCCCUGCCUCUGGGGACCGUCACCAUCCUCUGCAUCGACCUGGGCACUGACAUGGUGCCUGCUAUCUCUCUAGCUUAUGAAGCAGCUGAGAGCGACAUCAUGAAGAGACAGCCCCGAAACCCCAAGACAGACAAGCUUGUGAAUGAGAGGCUCAUCAGCAUCGCCUACGGACAGAUCGGCAUGAUCCAAGCACUGGCCGGUUUCUUCACCUACUUUGUGAUUCUGGCUGAAAAUGGCUUCCUGCCGUCAACACUGCUGGGGAUUCGUGUCAGCUGGGACAACAAGUACAUCAAUGACCUGGAGGACAGCUAUGGGCAGCAAUGGACCUACGAGCAGAGGAAAAUCGUGGAGUUCACCUGCCACACCGCAUUCUUCGUCAGCAUUGUCAUCGUGCAGUGGGCCGAUCUGAUCAUCUGUAAGACGAGGAGGAACUCUGUCUUCCAACAGGGCAUGAAGAACAAGAUCCUAAUCUUUGGACUGUUUGAGGAGACAGCCCUAGCAGCUUUCCUCUCCUACUGCCCGGGCAUGGAUGUGGCCCUCAGGAUGUACCCUCUCAAGCCCAACUGGUGGUUCUGCGCCUUUCCCUACUCCCUGCUCAUCUUUAUCUAUGAUGAAAUCCGUAAGCUUAUCCUCAGACGCAGCCCAGGAGGUUGGGUGGAACGCGAGACUUACUAUUAGAGCCCUGCCAGCACGUCGGGCCGAUUGGCUGCAUCCUGUUCUCCACUCCCGUCUUUGCAUGAAUAUUGUCUUGCUGCUCGGAAUAAAAUUUUAACCUCUGUGACAACAAGAAAAAAAAAAUUGGAACUUUGUUUUUUUUUUAAUUUUUUUUUUUUUAUUAGUGAAUGCUUGACACUACUAUUAGGCCAAUAAUGCGAUGGAACAUGCUGAUGACGAAGGUGACGUGAACAACGACAUGACUAUGCGUGCCUUGUUUCUGAAACAGGACUAAUUUUCUACAUGUUUUUAACAGUUCUAAACAUUCAAUAAAAAUGCGCUCGAGUCAGGUCCCA